AUGACGACUGCUGCUGCUCUGGCCCGCACGGCCUCGAUCGCUUCUUCUUCUCAUAACAAUACCGUUGUUAUGAACAACAACAACGGAGGAGGAGGACGAAAACUGCUCGCGAGAGGAACACGACUCAGACAAAGAAGACAAAGACGGAGAAGAAGAGAUGUUACGAUUUCCCCGUCGUCAUCCCUCUCUGCUGACUCCGCAUCCUCAUCAUCAUCAUCGCAAUCGGGAACAACGAACGAUGAAUUCAUCCCGCAAUCUUACUGGGUGGCGGAGUCACAAACGCAAUUCAUCGCCGAAACAAAACUGCCGACGGAUAAAGGCUUUUACCGCUUGCGAGGCUACCGCCAUCGCGGGCCGAAAACGCACGUGAUUACCGAACCCACGUGCAUGAUUUACGGGAACGUGGAAGGCUUGGAAAACGUGCCGGUGAGAGUACACGACGCGUGCUUUACGAGCGAAGUUUUAGGGUCGUUAAAGUGCGAUUGCAAACAACAGUUAGAUAUGGCGUUGGAAUACAUACGGGAUAACGAGUUAGGGGUGGUGAUUUACUUAGAGCAGGAAGGGAGAGGGAUUGGAUUGGCGAAUAAGAUUGCGGCGUAUAAAGUGCAAGAGAGCGGCGCCGAUACCGUGGACGCGAAUAGAAAGUUGGGAUUACCGGACGAUAUACGGGAGUACAGCGCGGUCAGGAAUAUUGUGGAUGAUUUGAACAUCAAGAGCGUGGCGCUGAUGACGAAUAACCCGAGAAAGAUUAACGAAUUAGAAAAGGAAGGGGUAAACGUGACGUCGAGAAUUCCGUGCGUGACGAAAGCGAAUUUGUUUUCGGAGAAGUAUUUAGAGGCGAAAGAGAGAAGGAUGUCGCACGUGUUGAACGAUAGUUGGAGGUAUUUCGAUAACGCCGGUCAAGUGUUCGAGUCGAAAGACGAGGCAGACGCGAAAGGUGAUUUCUCCGAUUACAGCAUGACGUGGGACGAAGAAGACGAGUUAGGGAACAUCGCGGCUAAAGGAAUCCAUUGA